AAAACGAACCUAUUUUUCAGAAAUUAUUUUAAACUCAAUAAUUUGACUCCAAUCACCACAGCAAAAUGCCACAGAACGAACAUAUUGAGCUUCAUCGGAAGCGACAUGGUUAUCGUCUCGACUAUCAUGAAAGAAAACGAAAGAAGGAAGGGAGGGAAGCUCACACACGAGCGAUUAAAGCAAAGAAACUGAUUGGACUGAAAGCGAAGAUGUACAACAAACAGAGACGCAAUGAAAAAAUAAUGAUGAAAAAGACGAUCAAAAUGCAUGAAAAACGGGACACUAAGCAGAAAGAUGAUGAGAAGACACCAGAGGGAGCUAUUCCUGCUUAUCUGCUCGACAGAGAGAGCCAAAGUCGUGGAAAAGUUUUAUCUAACAUGAUUAAGCAAAAACGUAAAGAAAAAGCGGGAAAAUGGUCUGUUCCGCUUCCAAAAGUACGAGCCCAGAGCGAAGCUGAAGUUUUCAGAACAAUUACAACAGGGAAAAGAAAAAAAAAAGCAUGGAAGCGGAUGUGCACGAAAGUUUGCUACGUUCCUGAUAACUUUACGAGAAAACCACCGAAAUAUGAGAGAUUCAUCAGACCAAUGGCGCUUAGGUUCAAAAAAGCACAUGUCACUCAUCCUGAGCUGAAGGCUACAUUUUGUUUACCAGUCAUCGGAGUAAAAAAGAAUCCGUCAUCUGCUAUGUACACAUCUCUUGGAGUAAUCACAAAAGGAACAGUCAUAGAAGUUAAUGUGAGCGAACUGGGAUUGGUAACACAAGGGGGGAAAGUAAUCUGGGGAAAAUACGCCCAGGUGACAAAUAAUCCCGAAAACGAUGGCUGCAUAAACGCAGUAUUACUGGUCUAGAUAUUGUCGUAAAGAAAAAAAAAUUAUCCUUGGUGUGGUAUGUGGGAUAAUCAUCGAAUAAAAUCAUACUCCAAUACGACAGUCAAAUCCAGAAGCCUUUUUUCAGGAAAGGUCAUUUAAGUAGCAGUUGGGACCAAUUAUCCAGCCUUUUUACUGACUCUUCAAUUUUGCUGGCAGAUUUUUUGUUUUUUGAUCAAAACCUCUAGCCAGCAAAAAGUGUAGAGACAUACUUUGGGUGAUUACUGCUAAUCCUCAUUCUGUUGCUGGGAUUUUUUCGAAUUCUUCUAUCUCAGCUAAAUUUUGAUCUGUUUUGUUGUUUCAUUUACAUGUUCCUUGUUCUACAAUCAGUGGAAUAUUAUUUUUGAAUGUGUAUAUAUAUUGUAUGUGAUCGUACAUAAAAAUCGACCCCCUUAAAAGGUGAAUUUAUAAAAAUUCACAUAUAAGUUGACCCUACAUAUCAUAACACGCUGUACCUCCUGCGACAGCAAAUUCGAGUUGUAGCUGUUGGAAUUAAGUUAGCAUAAUGUGAAUUCGUUUGAGUGCACAUAUAGGAGUGCGCAGAGUUAUGUGCAUAUAAGCCCACCUUUUUAGUUUGGCAAAUAUUUUGUUUUGAGUUUUGAACUCAGCUUAUAUCAAGGGUAUUCGCCAAGUUUAUUCACAGUUUUUUUGAAGUCAAAUUGAAUUAUUUUCUGUUACCAUUCUGCCAAAUUUUUGUGAGAUAUUUCAAAACUCAAUACUUUUUUUGACUGACUUUUCAGUAAUGUUGCCUUAACAUUAUCAAUUGCAAUCUGCUUUCCUUUAAAUUAGA